AGUAUCUUGCAAGGAUUUAUAAAUAAUACAACAGGAGGAAUGUUUGGGACAUUUACUGUGUUCGUCGUGUGCAUUUUCUGUUCCGUUAUAAGCAACGCAGGAAUUCGGGUAGCCGCAUUACCGGCGUGUGAUAGUCAGAUUUGGUGUGACGGACCUUUACUCGAUGCGGUGCAGAAUGCGAGACUGUACACGGAUUCUAAGACAUUUGUUGACAUGAAUCUUAAAUCUGACCCAGAUGUCGUGCUGUCAGCAUUUGUAAAUAUAAGCGACUCUGGUACUCCAAGAAAGUCUCAGAUCAGAGAGUUCCUCAAGACGUAUUUCGAAGGUCCCAAUAUGGAGUUUGAAAAAUGGACACCUACUGACUACCUUGAAAGUUCUGCUUUUCUCGCUGGUGUGAAAGAUGAAGAGCUGAGAAAAUUCGGGAAAGCUUUAUGUAAAAAAUGGCAACUUCUCGGAAGAAAGAUAAAGCAAGAUGUGAAAAUCAACCCAGACAGGUAUUCUCUGAUCUACUUGGACCACCCAUUUAUAGUUCCAGGAGGAAGAUUUAGGGAGACCUACUACUGGGAUUCUUAUUGGGUGAUAAAAGGGUUGUUAGUAUGCGAAAUGAAAGCAACUGUGAAAGGCAUGCUGGAAAACUUUAUAUCUCUUGUAAAAAGAUAUGGAAUGGUACCAAAUGGGAACCGUAUAUACUACACCCGGCGUUCACAGCCGCCCUUCCUUAUUCCCAUGGUGGACUUGUAUAUAGAGGCAACCAAUGAUAUCGAUUUUCUCAGAGAAAGUAUUCCGUACUUGGCGGAUGAAUACAAAUUUUGGAUGACAAACAGAAGCGUUAAGUACAAUGUUGGAAAUAAUCAGGAGUUUGUUUUAAACAGAUACGCAGCGCCCAUUACUAAACCAAGGCCAGAAUCAUAUACAGAAGAUAUUUCAACUAAAAACAAACAAUCGAGGGUUUCUCCUUCGGAAAUGUACCAAAAUUUGGCAUCGGCAGCAGAGUCGGGAUGGGACUUUUCUUCUCGUUGGUUCUCGCAAGAAUUCCAGGACGAGACUUCAGAUGAAACAAGAUGGCUGAGUUACACUGAUACAACUGAUGUAAUUCCUGUGGAUUUAAACAGCAUAUUGUGUUGGAAUGAAAUGUUAAUGGCAAAGUUCUACAAUAGCCUAGGUGAACAAAAUGCUUCCAUGCACUAUCGGCAACAACAGAAAGCUAGGCAAGACGCCAUGAUGUCUUUGUUUUGGGAUCAGGAGAAGGGCGUCUGGUUUGAUCUGUCGUUGGCAGCAAAGAGCAAACGACAAAGGUUUUUCCCAUCUAACGUGUUCCCACUAUUUGUUGGUUGUUAUGACAAGGGCAAUUCAAAAUUAGAAAGUCAAGUUUUGGCUUAUUUAAAGGACAAGAAUGUCAUUGACUUUGCAAGUGGGGUACCAAGUUCUCUACUACAAACGGGUCAGCAGUGGGACUUCCCGAAUGCUUGGCCCCCGCUUCAGGAUAUUCUAAUCUCAGCACUAACCGACGGUGAUCUGCCAGAAGGCCGCCAAGUUGGCCUUGAACUAGCCUCACGUUGGAUACAGAGUAAUUAUAUAGGCUGGAAUAGGACCCAUAAUAUGUUCGAAAAGUACGUUGUGACUAGUAUGGGUUCUCGUGGUAGCGGAGGGGAGUAUGAUGUUCAGGAUGGGUUUGGCUGGACAAACGGCGUCAUACUGGAUUUCCUGGAACGUUUUGGACAGAAUUUAACCUUAGAUUACACGACAAGUAACGGCAAUGGGAGUCAUUUACCACCAAGAUUGGUCUUAACAACUGUUUUACUGACAAUUACAUUGUUUUGUUUUAGUUAUUUCAUUACCAAACAUAUGAUGCUUUAGACAGAAAAUAAAAACAGGUUAAUUUUU